CGCGAAAUUCAACUGCCGUUUUCCGAGCUGGGCCUGUUUUUCGCCAUAAAGAAAUAAUCUGACGGAAAAAUCGUCUCUAGAAAAAGCAGUUUGUCAUAAAAAUGUUUUAAUAAGCAGGAAAUAGUGGUGUUUCUUAUGUUAGUUUCAUAAAGUAAGGAGAAUUGACAGUUCUUUUAAGUUUCCCGCUACAGAUGGCAGCGCUGUAGAUAUCCUUUGAAUACAAUCCGAACCGUUUAUUUUGGUGCGCGCAUGCCCUUAGCAUCUCUUUCGGAUUAGUUUCCAUCUUGAUCACAUCUUGCAAGGUAACUUUUAAUAAGGAACCUACCACAAUGGGCGACAUUGAUGACUCACACUUCGAAACUGGAGACUCUGGGGCCUCCGCAACUUACCCCAUGCAAUGUUCGGCCCUUCGUAAGAACGGUUUCGUUAUGUUAAAAGGUAGACCAUGCAAGAUUGUUGAGAUGUCCACAUCCAAAACUGGAAAACAUGGACAUGCUAAGGUUCACUUGGUGGGCAUCGAUAUAUUUUCAGGCAAAAAAUAUGAAGAUAUAUGCCCAUCCACACACAACAUGGAUGUACCACAUGUAAAACGUGAGGACUAUCAGCUGACUGACAUUUCAGAUGAUGGCUACUUAUCUCUAAUGUCAGACAAUGGUGAUUUACGUGAGGACCUCAAAGUCCCUGAAGGCGAGUUGGGUACCCAACUCAGAGCUGACUAUGACGCUGGCAAAGAUAUCUUAUGCACUGUACUGAAAUCUUGUGGUGAAGAGCCUUGUCUGAGUUUUACCUAGGAUGGGGUUUGAUUGUGGUCAGUAGGUUCUUGUGAUGUCAAUACCGCUUUGUGACUGGCUACUGGUGGUGAUUGCAGUAAAGACAAAUACUGCAUUGGACAAAUAAUGGCCGGGUAUAAUGGUGGGGACCAUAAAGUUGAAGAAUAAUAAUAAAAAUAAUAAAUCUAUUUGUCAGUGUCCAUUGGGUUCCCACUUUCAUAUUGUACGACUAUAUACUUGUAUUGGACCACCUUGUCAGUUAUCAACAGCUUACCUACGCGUGAUGCCACACCAUGCAGAAAGAUGUUGUGGUACAUAUAAAAUAAUAUUUUACAUCUUCUCUGUCAUUAUUGUUGGCUGAAAUUUGAUGCAAAAGCUACAAUUUGUUCAAUAAAAUCUAAUUUAAUUUUAUCUCGCUGUAUGUAAAUUUCCUUUGGAUCUUUUAUAAUGACCGUCUUUUUUAGAACCACCUUAUUCUAGAUCACUAUUAUCAACAGACUUUGUAUAUUUGUAUGAAUGAGUUUUGUUUCCAUUAAUAUUUAAUAUUAUUAAUGAUAUAAUUAGGAAUUUGGUGAUUCUAGAUACUUGUUGACUUUACUUUUGAACUAAAUAAACUUAGCAUUUUUUAAAGACUUGUUUUGAUAUUGUUUAGACUAAGUUUUUUUAAAUGAAAAGAUCAAUAAGACAAACUUUGCAGUUUGCCAAUAAUUUUUAUUGGAAUUGGUUAAAUAUAAAAUGAGGAUAUCA